AAAAUCAAUUUAUUGGUCUAAAUAUAGUUUUGGAAAGCAACACAAAGGUCUCAUAUUAUUUUUGACCUCAUACUCAAUUUCAGCGUUCAUUAUAGAUUAAAUUAUUUAUUUAUGUUCAAAGCAUAAUUGAAGUUGAUGAAUGAAUAUCGAAAUAAAAUCGAUGUAUAAAUAAUCGAAAUCGAUAUAACCGAAUAUUCUUUCGUAAAUUGAGAAAUACAAAUUAUUUCAUUAAAGUUUAUUUUCUGACUCGUACAGUACUGUAUGUAUUUUCCUUACAGUUUAUCUCUGAAGUUCAUUCAAGAAUAUUUAUCACGUCUGCUAUAUUUGUCUUUCAGAUAGGUUUUAAAUUGAACAUAUCACGUAAUACGGUAAACAUCCUAGUAAAAAAUGUAUCGCUCAACCAAGUACAAGUUAUUGCUAUUUUUAUAUCUCGCUUUUCCCUAUAAUAGACAAAGAAGCUUAUAAUUAGAGCAAGGCAGAAGUAAUUUAAAAGUGAACUACCAGCAGUUGAAGUUACCAUUACAAAAAAACGAAUUUCCCUCUCAAGAUGAAACUCGGACUCUUGAAAAGUUGUAUGUUCUACUUCCAACUAAGGCAAGGGACUAUCCUCAUCGCCAUAGUUCAGCUGGUAUUAUCCGGUUACAUAAUAAUAUUUCUGACGUUGAGUUUAACUCACGAAAGUAGAAUCCAGGACAUGAUAGCUCGCGACACUGAAGACGUGUUGGAGCGCGAAGCUUUAGAGGAGAUUACCUCGAAGCACAUAAACAGUCAUCGGAUGGAGCUUGCGCAUCACGAUGCCACGGAGAAAAUAUAUUUGAUUUAUUGCGGCCUGGUGGUUAUGGUAGUGAAUUUUGCAUCAACGAUUCUAUUGCUUUACGGAGUGCUUAUGAAUAUUCGCUACUUGAUGACACCGUGGAUGAUGGUGAUGAUGACAAAAAUCGUGGCUCUAAUAAUAUCACUGUUCUUAGUUCAAGAGCGCGACUGUCCGUUCCUUUACAUCAUCGGUGGACAAGAUUUGAUUGACCGGCUUUUAGUAUUAUCAACAGCGCUCUUCGCCUUCUACACAUGGCUGGUAGUGUACAGUACGUAUCGUCAAAUGGAGAUGAAGAAGGGAGUGAUCCACGAGGUGCACGUCACGCUCAAUGACAAGAAGUAUGGUCACCCGCACAAGGGUUACAGCAAAAAGCCACUGCGACAGCACGUCGCACUUACCCAAGCCUAUGACGUCUGAAGGGAUACAUUCGGUGAACGACAAUAUACUGAAAGAAUGCCAGUUUUCUGUCCCGUUUGUUGUUUUCUUCCUCAACUCGUUUUGAGGUAGAAUCGUUGCAAAUUUCGGCUACUAUAUAUAUUUUUUGGGACUUUUCUUCACAUCCAUUUUUCGCGAUAAUUCUCUUUCGAUCUUACGCGAUUUUUCACUGAAAGCUAAACGAUCGUGAAGUUUGAUUUCGCGUUAUAUCUGUAAUGAAGUGAUAUGAUUAAAUCAAUCUGUAAAAUGAAUUUAUGGAAGUUUACGUAACAACGAUGUAUUAUGAUUGUUUUUUUUAUGUAAAUAUACUUUCAUUGAAUUUGUUAGUCAUCGAAAUUAUUGUGAUAAUUAUACAUACUGCAGUAUGGCAGUUUUUAUUGAAGCUGUAAUCAUCGCACAUUAGUGUAAAUAUUUAUUUCUUAGUCACGAAGCACAAUGUUUUUCUUUUUAUUAUUUAGUAGAUAACAUUCACGGUAAUGUUAAUGUAAAAAAACUUAAUUUUUUAUGAAAAGUGAAGAAAAAAAUUAUGCUAAUUGAGCGUGUUCAAAGUCGAAUAGAUAAAUAAUAAAAAAAAUUUUAGAUACUUAAAUAUUUUUUACACCGUAUUCCCUUAAAUUAGUUCCAUAAGUAUAUCAAACUUAGUUUCAGUUGUUUAUAUCAAGAUCAAUUUUAUAAAAAAAAAGAAGCAAAAGGUGAAUAACUUUUUAUGAAUAAAAUAUCUUCUUGGCACUCUUCCAAUCACAAUACGUAUCUUAUUGAUGAAUAUACCACAUCAAUAUUAUUAAAGUAAAAUAUUAACAAUAGAAUACUUAUUAUUUUCAUGAUAGACUAUUCUUAUACCUAACUCGGAUUUAAAAAAAGAGAAAAAAAUAGAUUUUUUACAGAACCAACCGAUCAAAAUUCACUCAUUUGUAAUAUGAGUAUACUAAAACAGUUAUAAGCAUUAUCUGUAAAUUUCUACAUUAUAAUUUACAUCAUUCAAGUAUCACACUAUACCAACAAAGAAAACAACUCAAUGUAUACCUUUCUAUAGUUCGGCUGUGUUUCGCGACCCUGACAUAAUGUUGUACGUCAUUAUAAUGACGCUUCUAUCGUAUAAAAGUGCAUGAAACAAGCAAACUGCAAUUGAGAAAAAUGAUUGUAAAAAAAUAAUAAUGAUAAAUCUGUCUUUCGCUAAGCUGUGUAGCUUUGUUUAACGCGUCUGUGGAUUUUUAGACGUGUAAGCUAAAAAUAUGAAACACGCGCACCAAUAAUAUUUUGCGCAACAAACUUUUUAACAACCACAUAAAAAAUAUCUGUACAUUAUCUCAACUGUAUGUAUAUAAAUUAAAUGUAUCGAAUAUAGAA